GCGCAAAAUUGCACAAUUUAAAUGGCACCCAUUCCAUUCCCUCGCUCCGUGUGUGUUUGUGUGUGUGUAUAUUUGUUGGUGCGCGCUGGCAUUGCUAUUACUAAUAAAACUAUAGCAACAGCUACUACUAGUACUACUCACUACUACUACAAUCACAUCAUCACCAUCUACUACACUACCCACCCCCCCUUUGUUGCGACCGCGUUGUGAGAAAUUACUAAAAAUGGAAGUGUUGGCCCGGUGGCGGCGGCGGCGGCGACGCGCGCGUCGCUACUACGGCUUCCAACACGGGUGCGGCGUCUCGCUCACUCGCACAUACAUAUAUGUAUAUAAUACGAUCGGAACGCCUUUUUCUCCGCUUUUUGGCGCUCUUUCGUUCGUGGCGCUCGCUCGCUCUCGCGCACUGUUCCCGGUUCGUGCUCACGUUUUGCCCUUUCGCUCCUGAAGAGGGAGAAAAGAAACAAAAAAAAAAAAACGUUUGCACCGGAUUUUGUUCACUAUCAACCGCUCAAAAAGAAAAAGAAAACAAAGGAAAAAAGGAAAAGAAGAAGCAGCAGCACCGCCAGCAUCAUCUCAGCGCAACACCAGCAGGAGCAGUAGCAGCGUGUUCCUCUAGGGAGAAUAUGAGUGUGUUGUUACGUGAGUGCGUGCGAAAGAAAUUGUAGUACGAAAGCAAAAGAUCUCUUUGGUUUGGGUGGCGCGGGCCCCGACCAGAUGAUUUACAAAAGCAUAUUAUAGCGAAGCAUAAAAGCAGAACAAAAACGCACCCAUUGCGUGCGUGCGUGAGUGUGUGUGAUUUAUUCAAGUGUGCGCGUGCACAUAACAAAAAAAAGCAAGUGGUGGUGGUGUUUCCGUGCCAAAGGGAAACACACACACACACAAAAUAGUAACAACCAAAAACAAACAUACAGUGAAACAUAAUAUAAGUGGUGGUGGCGUGUGAAAAUCCCCAAGAGACGGGCGACAGUAAGUGCAGCAGCAGCAGCAGCAGCAAAACCGUUUCUAACCACAAUUAUACAAAUCACCUGAUGCACCGCUGGCGCGGACAUUGUUGUGCAUCGUUUCGUCGCGUCAUCAGAAGCAGCAGCAGCAGCGGAAGGAGAUUCGUUACCGUUUCUGCACAUCGACGAACGAGACGUGCGAGCGGGACGCUAGGCGGAAGGUCCGGUACGCGUUGGGGAGCUGAGACCACCGGAGAGGCGAGUAGUGUCUAUUGAGUAACGCGCCGUGCGUGCGUGCGAAAGAGACCAGCACAUCACCUCCCUCCCUCUCCCUCUCUCUCUGCUCGUUGUGUGUUUGCAUCGCCGAACAGCAGCAUCCUUUUCUAAGGAUGAGUAGGAGUAGCGGUCAAUCGUCGAAAACAUCAAUAUUGCCUUCAUCCUUCGGAGCAGCAGCAGCAUCAGUAGUUGUGGUGGCGAACUGUUCGAGUACGAGUUAAGACGCAUCCCCCGAGUUGGUCUGUGACACUUGUUCAAAGCCCGGGCCCACGAUCUAAUCUCCGCUUCACUUUGCGCGACCAGCAAACGGGAGUUUGUUUGUUAGUUGGAUCUUUUGCUUUUGGGUUCCGAUUUUACACCGUUUUAUUAGUGUCCCACACCCCCCCCCCCCCCCUCUCUUCACAAGCAGUGUGGUGUUUGUAAUUUACUCGGCUACGUCGGCAUAUGAACGGUUGGUGUGGCUUCUUUACCGUCGUGUGUAUUUAACACACUCGCUCCCCACCAACGCAUCAGCGCAAAAGGCCCCCCCCCCGCGCGUGUAAAACACCUGCCAACAAUUGUUCCGGUCGAUCCUACCGCUGGUUCGAUUGUUCCCGGUGUAACGAACAGCCGCCAGCGUGCGCGUACCGCGUGUCGUGUGUCGGCUAGCAGCAGAGGAAGAUGUCGGAGCACCAUCGCGGUGCUUGGGGUACGCGUGAGGACGCCGUCUGGUGGCCGGGUGGCAUCUCGUCGACGGAACAGCAAACACUGCAGCACCAUCAGCAUCUCAUCAAUCAGCACCACCAACAGCAGCUCGCCCAGCAGCAACUGCAGCAUCAGGUCGCGGUACAGCAACAGCAGCAACAGCAGCAGCAGAACCAGCAGCAGCAGCAGCAGCAGAACGACAGCGCCCGGAACAACAGCACAACGUCCACAUCCGCUACCCAGCAGCUGUUCUCGUACAAAAUGGCCAACAGCUUUCAGAACCCGGUCACGACCAUGUCCGGUGUGACGGUGUCCACCUCGAACGCACCGUACGACUACCGGCUCGGCAUGAGCACGGUGGUGGCGCGGCCCGGCGACCCACCGACCAUGUCCAGCACAGCGCCAACCACCCAGUGGUGGUACCCGGGCGGCCAGAACGCGCUCGACAACUCCCUGCAGCAGCAGCAACAGCAGCAGCAACAACAACAGCAACAGCAACAGCAGCAACAGCAGCAGCAACAACAGCAGCAACAGCAAACUCAACAUCAGAGCCAGUCGCACGUUCAGAAUAACGCAAUUCUGAACAAAAUGGUCACCGGCACCGUUGCUGGUGGUAAGGUUAAAGACAAUAAGCCAAGGGGGCGCAUGACGGCGUACGCGUUCUUUGUGCAGACCUGCCGGGAAGAACACAAGAAAAAGCAUCCGGAGGAGCAGGUCAUAUUCGCUGAAUUUUCCCGCAAAUGUGCUGAACGAUGGAAGACGAUGUUGGAUAAGGAGAAGCAGCGUUUCCACGAGAUGGCUGAGAAGGACAAGGCCCGGUACGAACUGGAAAUGCAGAGCUACGUGCCUCCGAAGGGCGCCGUUGUGGGACGGGGCAAAAAACGGAAGCAGUUUAAGGAUCCCAACGCACCGAAGCGUUCGCUGUCGGCAUUUUUCUGGUUUUGUCACGAUGAGCGGAACAAGGUAAAGGCGUUGAAUCCGGAGUACGGUGUGGGCGAUAUUGCGAAGGAGCUGGGCCGAAAGUGGUCCGACAUGGACGCGGAAAUCAAGCAGAAGUAUGAACAAAUGGCCGAAAAAGAUAAGCAAAGAUAUGAGCAGGAGAUGACCGAGUAUAAGCUGAAGUGUAAAAAUGAGCAAGGUGGCGGCACACCCGGUUUGAACCUGCCGCAACAGUUGCAGCAGGCCGGGCUCCAGCAUCUCCCGCAGCAUGUGCAGCAGGCCGCUGCCGCCCAGCUACAGGCGCAGGUGGUACAGGCGCAGCAGGCCGCCGCCGUCGCAGCAGCGGCCGCCGCUGCCGUCCAACAGCAGCACGACGAUGAUGACGACGAGGAGGACGGUGACGAGGACGAUAAUGAGUAAAUGGGUGUUGGUGGUCGAGGGAGGGGGCAAGCGCGCGCGCGCAGCACCACACAAUCACCACCACCCACCCACCACCACCCACCCACCACCUAACGGUUUUUUUUCUUUCCUUUCUUCCCAACACAACAUUCACUCCUCCUCCCAAACCACUCUCUCCCCCCCCCCCAUCCCCCCACCCCUUUACCCUUCAUCAUCCUCCACUCUCGCGACUAUCUUUUUCAACAAAAAGAAAGAAAGAAAAAACUACUACCACUACUACUGAAGUGCAUUGUUGAAUCCUUCAAAAAAAGCCACUCAAAACAAUAGCUAAGAAAUAUGUUUCCCUCCACACACACACACACAUACACGCGCACAUUCACAUCUCGAUGCUCAUUACAAAAAAAAAAAUUACAUUACAAAAGUUUUUGCAAACCUUAUACUUUAGUGCCGAUUUUAUUAAUUUUUUUUUAUAAACGACACACAAUUAUAUAAGGAAAAGAGAGAGAGAGAGAGACAGUGCGCGGAAAAGCGGAAGAGAGAGAGAGAGAGAGAGAGAGAGGGAGAGAACUUAUUCAGGAAGCGCUCGUGUUAGUUUUUGCCUAGUUUUUACAUCCAUAAGAAGAAAAGUAAGAAAAACAAGAAAAAAGUUUGUAAGGUGGGUGGGUGAACCUCCCCACCCCCCCCCCCUCCUCCCCAUUAGCCAAGUACAACAAAAAAUGAAAGGUAUACACGGAAGGAUAAUGUAGGAAGUGAGGAGAAAGAGAGUUCCAUAAAAUUCACAAUCCUCUGUCCUUCCCUCUUCCCCUUUCCUCCCCCCCCCCCAGCCCCUCCAACCCAUUGAAAGCGAAUCUGUAAGUAGAGCGAGAAAGAGAGAGAGAUUGGAGGUAAUGUGUAAUCAGACAAAAAAACGGGACGGGAGAGGCCGAACAGAGCGCGGUCCGACCUAUGUAAAGUGAACUAAUAACAAAGGAAAAUGAGGAAUAUUAGUAUGCGUGUGGGGGGCCAUGGUUUUGUUGCAGCAGCAGCAGCAGCAGACAGACAGGCAGACAGAGACCCGAUCAUGCGACCCUCUCAUUUGAUCGACAAAUCAUCCUUACAGUUUACCGGUUGCCCCGUGACACACUAUCUUGACUCUCCCUCCCCCCGCUCCCUCCUUUUUUUUUUUUAGAUUGUAGCAGCCCUUCCGAGGAGAAAAAGAAAAGAUGCAAAUAGUAUCUUUGGUUUUCCUUUGUUUGUUAAGGAGGGGGAGGUGUUUGAAACAGAAAAAACGGUGUGUAAUGUCUCUUCUGUGACAUUCUUAGCGCAUUAAUUUUAAGUUCUAGAGAGAGAGAGAGAGAGAGAGAGUUAGAGGGAGAAGCAGGAAAGAGAGAUAGGAUAUUACACCACAGCACCACCACCACCACCCACGCAGUGUGAAACAAAAAAAAACGAUCGCUUGAUUGUGUUAUCGCGGCUCAUUCGGUGUGCGUGUGUGUCUGGUGUAAGCGAAAAUGCAUUAUAUUGUGGAUAAUAUGCAUUAUUACAUUUUUUUUACUUUCUCAAAUUCAUCCCCCCCCCCCAUUUAUCGGUAGUUCAUUACUUUUCCUCAAACAAAAUAAACAACAAGAAACAAACGAAAAAAAAAGCUAAAUAAGAAAAGCCUCUUGCGAACAACAACCACCAGCACCCGCGGGAGGGGGGAACAGGAAAUAAAACAGCAGCAGGCAAAAUUCGCGCGGAUUAUGAUGAUAAAUAGCAAACAGAUACCCCCAACACACCACCACCCGUUUCACCCGUGGAAGUUGUUUUCCCCUUUAUUAGUGGACAGACAAAAGCAAACAAACAAAAAACACACACACACUCCCAGCAUAUGGACGAACAUGAUGUCAUCAAAAUGGGGCAACAUUUGAAUUUCAACAAUUCUUAGCAAACAGCAACAAAAAAAAAAACAAAAACAGCAGGCGGCGGCGGCGGCGGCCACAAAUUGAACCUUUGAACGCGGGGGGAAAAGACCCAACAUGAAGUGUGUGUGUGUGUGUUUGGGCAUGAAAAGAAAUGUUCUAACAAAAUCAACCAUAUUGUAAAAGAAAUAUAUAAGUAAUCCAUAUUUAGAGGAAAGAGCGCGACAAUGGUAUUUUUUUUUUCGUUCUCUCUCUCUCUCUCCACCGUUUUCUCUCCAUCGCCCUCUCUCUCUCUCUCUCUCUCUCUACAACACACACACAAACACACAUCGUAAGGUGUACAUAAACAUCUCUUUGCAUGUUAAAUAUGUGUUUCCGGUGCAUUUCUUUUCAUCCCCUUGUCGGUGUGCCACAGGAUGUGUAUGUGUGUGUGUGUGUGUGUGUGUGUGGAUUCGAUAUGUGACCCCGGGGUUUUUGGAUCUUGGUUGGGUAUAUCAACCACCCCCCCUCCCCCCCCAAAUCCAAAUCACUCCACUUCCAAUAUGUCCACCCUCACACGCGUAAUUUUCCCACUAUCCAUCACUACUACUACUACUACUACUACUACUAUCUACCACUUAUCCUCCAUUAUCCUCUAUCCUUUUCCCAUAGUGGUGUAUGUGUGUGUGUGUUGUGUAGUAGGUUUAAAAAGUAAGCAAGACACACACACACACAUAUUGGCGCAGAAAUCAUGUAAGGGAAAAAAGGGUUAGCCCCAACCCUUCCUUGGACAUAAUUAAACAACAGCAACAAAAUCACAACAAAUACUGUUUAAGUGCGUAGGUGGGAUACGCCACAGCGAUGUCCAGACUUUUGUGUGUGGGUGUGUGUGUGGGUGGUGAUGGUAGAAAUACCGGGGGUGGUUGUAGUAGCGCGCACACACACACGAGGUACAGCAUACUAGUAAGCGGACAACCGAAACGCGUGUGAAGUGAAAUGAAAUGAGAAUGAGAAUGAAUGAGAAAAACAAAUGAAACACACCCACACACACGCAUAACUCACACAACUUUCUUCUUCUGCACACCGGCAGUAGGCAGUGCGCGCACACCUACAAAAUGUGCGCGUGCGUGUGCGUGUGUGUGUGGUGUGUGCGGAAACAUUGUAAUAAAAUUUAAAAGUAACAUUUUAUAGGACAAACAAAACAAAAAAACAAACAAACAACAAAAAUCGUAAUAAUUAAACAGUUUUAGUAAGGCCCACAGGUUAAAAGAAUUAUAAGAUGAAAAUUCGUGUAAGCACGUGUAACUAAGGAGCAAUGGGGGGGGGGGGGGGAGUGGAGGAGCGUGAGGGAGUGCGUAGAAAGAGGUACGCCAGGAGGGAGUGGGGGAGGGGAAGGGGAAGGGGGAGGAGGGAGUAUUAGUCCGAAUUCAAUUGGGAGAAGAAAUAGUUGGAUUUACUUAACAUUAAAUUUUCUUUUCUAAUUUUUUUUUUACCUUAUAAUUGUCCCCCAUCGUCCGCCUUUUUUUGUGCAUCAUUGAAACCAUUUUUUUAAUAGGGUUAGUGAAAAAAAAAAACCUCUAAACAUGUUUUUUUUAAAAUACUUUUUUAGUUCUUUUCUUUUGCCAUCAAUCUGCUUCUCUCGCGUCACGUGUCGAGCGCCGUGACGCAUCCUGAAGGUAGAGGGAGGGUGCGCAAGAAGAGACUAAGUUAGCAGGUAGUAGUAGUAGAGAGAGACGGAAAGCAAAAGAGUACGCGAAGAAAGGUAGAAGUGUGUGUGUGUGUGUGUGGUGAAGAAGAAGUAUGCAGGACACACCAGCUCACACUGAUCACAAAGCUAUAGGAAAAGAAAGGAAAAAAAAUGAAAGAAGCUCGAUAUUAGUAGAAAGCGGAUAAGAAUUCUGAGGCCGUGUGGGUGUGCGCGCGCGCACUCGCGAUAUUAAAAACAGAAGAGGAAAAAAUUAUUAGUACACUACGCAUACAGAAACAAAAAAAAGAAAACACACACAUGAAUACACACUCAAUACAAAUGAAUUACAGAUAGAAGGAAGAAGGAAGUGCAGCAACAAACAACAAGAGCAACAAAAACAUGAAUAAACAAAUAUAAAAUCAUCAUAAGCUAAA